ACAUCUAUAAUUGUAAGAUUGGAACAAGUGACGGUGUGGCUUUCUUAUGAUUCCAGCAUUAACGGAGACAAAACACAGCGUUUGCAGCAACUCUCCCAUUGCAUGUAUGAGUUACCUUUGAGCUCAUCGCUGUGAGGGAGCUAAACACUGCUGGAAAUGUGCACACCAUGUCCUUCCUUACCACGCGGCACACCCACAUCUUGCAACCCGAAAGGAUCAGAAUGGGAGAGUUUUAGAUCUGGAGCAGUCGGGAACGGACAGACAAGCAAUGAAGAGGUUUUUCAGAGCCCAGAGGGACGAGGACUACAGUCAGAUCCAGUACCUGACCGCCAAAUGCACCCGCCUGGCUCAUGAAAGGGCAGUGCUGGAAAGAGAAUUUCUGGUGUCCAGAGAGAAGGAGAGGAAGCUGCAGAAUGAACUGGAAGCUGUGACCUCUCGUCUCCUGCAGCAAGAGCAGCUGAACCUGGAGCUCAGGAUAAACCAGGACAGGCUCAUCUGCAGGAUCCGUCAGCAGCAGAACUUGGUGGACGUCCUGCAGCAACGGAUGGAAUUGCUUGCAGAGGAGAGUCGUCGGGAUGUGGAGCUGCUGCAGCAGGUCAACUCAGAGUUGGUGUGUCUGCAAAGCUCCGAGGUGCAGCUGGAGGGCCUGGUGGAGGAGCUGCAUGCUGAGGCCCAGCGUCGAGCAGCUCUGACAGACAGACUGCAUGCAGAGUUGUGCAGUAAGCUGGUGCAGCUGAAAGAAAUGCAGGAAACCAACAACGGUCUGACAGAAGAGCUGAAGGAUCUCCGUAAAACUCAUCUGGAGGAGGUGAAGGAACUGCAGCAGGAGAAUAAAGGGAGCCUGAGUAAGUUGCAGGAGACGGCAGAGCAGUUCGAGUGGCUCUGUCAGCAACAGAAGUACUGGAUGCGUUGUGUGAAAAGAUUCAAAGACUAUCUGAUGGAUGAGAGACAAACUCUCCUGCAUCAGCUCAGCACUUUGGAGAAGAAAAUUGGGGAACAGAAGAAGAGCUCAGAUGAUGGCAGUCCAGCACAGAGUCUCCUGCGCCCUCUAGAGGAAGCAGAGAGACCUGGCAGUGUAACAUCAUUGGAUACAGACGCGGUGACAGAUCUGGAUUCCCAGGCGGGAAACUCGAACAUGAUGUAUGAGGAGCUCAUUACACAGGCGGGGAGUCCUAUCAGCAGAUACCAGGAACCUCCUUGAAGACUAAAGCCAUCCCAUCUUCUCCCAUUUUUCUCAACUCAGAGGUUUUAACUACUAGAUGUGUGUGGAUUGCCUUCCAGUCUUUGUUUUACAGAAACCAAACCUGCAUUGUUUUCCUUCCAGUAUUGUUCAUUAAAACCCAUUCAUUAAGCUCUGGUCCCUUCCCCCCUUUUGUACUUACUCCUGUCCCAUAUGUGCAUCAUAUGUGCUUAAAUUUGUUAGGUCACAUUUUUCCAGUAAUUGUCCAUUUUUCAAAACCUUGUAAUCAACACUGCUAAUAGGAGCACCUGAGAAUGUUCUCUUUUGUUGUUUGGCUCGUAAAUCCUCAGCUGGCGCACAGAGGACACAAACAAACACACUUUUUUUACCGAAACAAAGCGCCAUCACUGGGUUUCUGUUUCCUUGUCACUCGCUUUCCCUUGUGAGCAAUUAUCAAAAUAUCUGUAUUGUAAUUUGGUUCGGAUCAGCAGCAACCCAAGUGAAGCACAGCCCAUCGCCUAGCAACCAAAGCUGCGCUCCAGCACAUUUAAUCAGCUUAUUUUACUGCUGUACAAUGGCUGCUGGAAAAGAGAAGUUUUUUGUUGUUGAUUUACCAUCCAGAAACCACUUGCUGCCUUCAUGUUGGCUGCGCAGGAGGCUUUUAUUGUUCCUUUUCACAUUGUUGAAAAGGAACAAUAAAACUGGGCAAGAGAAAAACAAUAUUUCUGAUUCAUCAUAGAGAAAGUCAUCAAGUCCUUCGCAUGGUUCUCUGAACGUCUGUUGAUUUUUGACAUUUUUUUAUAAAUAUGAACUAAAACGUCAUCUACGGUUGACAAGAUUAAGAUGACUGAAGUUAAAAUUAAACAAAUAUUUAUUUUUUGCUGUUUUUGAAAAAGGUGAAAUCAUAACUGUCUACUUUAUAUUUGAAUGGUUAAGUCAACAAUCUAAAUAUCUUUUGUUUGUCCAUUAAUCUAUAAUUUUCUAUACAUUAAAAAUCUCAGGGGUCAAUCAACUAUAUUGACCCCUGGGUAAUACAUUACCAAAGAAUUUAGAGAAAAAAACAAUCUGAAGAUACCGAUAGGAACUAAUUUACUAUUAAUAAGGCUAAUAAUCUAUUUAUUCAAGCAAAGCCAACUAUCUAUUUUGGUGCCCUGUUUCUCCAUCAAAUAUAUUUUAUUUCACAACUUUUAGCAGAAUAAAGGCUGUCAAGACAGUUUUUAAAAAUAUAUUCUGUGGAAAAGGUCAAAUAUGAAAGAUGUUUUGAAACCUGGACUAUAAAGAAAAUAUAAUCUGCCUGGAACAGAGAGUUCACCUUGUUCUCUGUUUCUAUGAAGAUUUAAAAAUGUAUCAAAGCUUACUGAUUUUAUUGCCACAGUCAAAAUGGAUUGAAUGAAAUGAAACUUCUGUAUUUGCACAUUUUUGGAAUCCAGCUAUGCUACAUUUAGCACAAUUAUUGACCAUAUUAAACAUCAAAUUGUAUGUUUCCACUAAGCAUGACCUCUGACUUUGAACACAAAAUAACCUGACAUUUUCAAAAAUAAAUUUGCUUUAUGGAAACAUGG